CUUCCUCUUUGUUUUUCCAAUUGGCCUGGAUCUUGUGGAUAUUUAUUACAAAAUAUUAAAUAAAAACCAUGUCGCUGCUUCAAAAACUAAGUAGAUCCGCUCUCCAGAUGGGUUCCUUAACCUGCCACCGUCGGCUGCCAGUGGCCAUGAGACUAAUCAGCGGUGAAACGGAAAAACCGGCGGAGGGAGCUGCUCCCGUGGAGAAUCCGGCGGAGAUCGGUAGCAACAAGGGAGGAUUUGCCCGUGCCUUCGACAAGUACACGGCUCCGGCUACGCCUGCCCAACUGCCGGAGGACAACCAGACUUUCGCCUCCCUGCUCCGCAACUCUAAGUUAAUAGAUCUGGGCAACGCGGAAGGAAAAGUGGUGAGCGGCAAGAUAUUCCAUGUGGUGGGCGAUGACCUGUACAUAGACUUUGGCUGGAAGUUCCACUGCGUCUGCAGUCGUCCAACUCGGAAUGCCAGUGACUAUGUCCGAGGGGCUCGCGUUCGUCUGCGCAUCAAGGACCUGGAGCUGUCCACCAAAUUCCUGGGCUCGUCCAAGGACAUUACCAUCUUGGAGGCCGAUUGCCAACUGCUGGGCCUCCUGUCCACGCCCACCCGUCAGUCGACGGCCAGAACAACGCCAAAAAUCGAAGAUAUCCUAUAAAUCCUUUAUUAAAUCAAGCUCUGUUAAACGUUA